UGCACCCCAUUACAAAAAAAUUAAGUGACCUACUCCAUUUCCUUUUCGGUGCUUUCCCUUUAUAUAAGAAAAUCCUCGUAGGCUUCUUCACUCAAAUUACCUCACAAACUCUCUCUCUAUCUCUUCCUUAAAGAACACAGUUGUUUAGAAACAAGAAAACACAAGCAACAUGGGAAAUUUUAAGGCUGGGAUUUUCGUUUUGGUUUUGUUCAUAUGUUGUCUUGUACCAAGUUUUGCCACAGUUUAUACUGUUGGAGACUCAGCUGGGUGGGCAAUUGGCGUGGAUUAUACCACUUGGGCAACUGGAAAAACGUUUAAUGUUGGUGAUUCACUUGUUUUCAACUAUCCAAGUGGUCACACAGUGGAUGAAGUAAGUGCUAGUGACUAUCAGUCAUGCACUGCUGGGAAUGCCAUAACGUCCGAUCAGAGCGGCGCCACUACUAUUCCUCUCAAGACCGCCGGGACUCAUUACUUCACUUGUGGCGUAAUGGGCCAUUGCAGCGGCGGCAUGAAGCUUGCCGUCACCGUCGCGGCAGCCAGUGGCGGUGGAGGAGGUUCCACCACACCAUCAUCCGGCACCACCUCACCAUCAUCCGGCACCACCACACCAUCAUCCGCCACCCCUACACCUGACACUACUACUACUACUACUACUACUGGCACAACUUCACAUCCAUCAGCAUCAGUUACUUUGUCACCAUUUAUCCCCUUGUUAAUUUCUGGGGUUGCUGCAAUAUUUUAUUUUUUCAUUAUUUCAUAAGCUUGGCAAAUGGCAAAGGAUAGUUCCUCUACCAUUUUCUCCCCCUUUGCUUCGUUAAUUUUCUACUGCUUUUCCUAUUUGCUUUUUUGUAAGUGGUUGUGUUGAUAAAUGUCUUGUUUUCACUUGUGAUUUAAUUCUUAGCAGUUGGCAUGUCAUUUUCUAAAAUGGUUGAUGCUUAACUAUGUUACAAUUAUGAAUUUUAACUAUCAUAUGAUAGUGCUCCACUAUGA